UUGUCAUAACUUUUAAUCAAAAUAUGGCGUCGCUUGUUAGUAGUGUUUUGGUUGUUCUUUAAAUUUGAUUGUUCAUAUUCAGUUACGAACAAUUCGUGCAGUUUUGAAGCAGGUUAUGUGUGGCGUUAUUUGAUGUGUUAUUUUGUUUCAAGGAGGGUUUCAUUUACGUUUUGAAACGAUAUGGUAUUUGAUCGACAAUCCCAGCUUCCCCCGAAUAGAAAGUGCAAUAUUCAGUGUUGAAUAAGGUAACCGUAGAUAACCCCUUCAAGAUGAAGCGUAGCAUCCUCCUCAGAGCCAACCUUUAACGCCAUGAACGACCACAUACCAUUCAGGGAGCCGGCGCCGUCUAGCCUGGCCCACACUAAACGUCACAAAUUGACGAUUUUCAAAGAUGCCGUCCCUUCGGUGCACGGAAAACCCGCUGUUUCCGUCAACGGAAAAACCAGACUCAGCACCCAUCAGAGGAACCUCAGUCUGGAUUUCAGGUCUAUGGGCAUCCUCCUACCGCCGGUCGCGCAGGUGACGACGACGCCGACGGUGACCAACCUCACCCUCCACCACAGGAACCGCAGUUUGGAUUCCGCCCUCCAGAGGAUCCCGGAGGUUGACGUGACGCCGAGCCCGGAGUGCGAGAAGGGUGCCGGCGGGAUUCUCGCCGCCUCCAAAGUUCAUUCCUGUACCGUAGUUAAGACUAGACAACGAGAUGAAGUUGUGAGCCUAGGCUCCGACGAUUCCGGCAUCCUGUGCGGCUCGGACAGCGGCUCCAGCGACACGACGACCACCACCAGGGAGUCCAGCAUCCAGCUGAGUCGCGAGAGCCUCCAGAGCGCCGACGCGAAGAAGGACGGCGAGUACGCGUCCGACGAGGCGGACGACGCGUGCGCCGUCGACACGCAAAAACAACAACGGACUAUAAGUGACGGUGAUAGGUCGGACAGGCCGGAAGUGUCGAAAAGUUUCGGUCUGUUGCGUCUGCUCGAGAGCAGGGUGUUCGACGUCGCGAUGGCCAUACACUACCUGUUCAAGAGCAAGGAGCCGGGCGUGCAGAGCUACAUCGCCAACAAGCUGUUCAGUUUCCCGGACGAGGGGGUGGACUUUUACCUGCCGCAGCUGGUGUGCAUGUACAUACAGAUGCACGACGUGGCCGAGGUCAUACAUCCCUAUCUGGUCCAUAGAUGUCGACAGUCCAUCGACUUCUCCCUGAAGUGCGCGUGGCUGCUGGACGCGUACGGGUCCGACGCCGCCCCCGUCACCGCCACCAAGAAGAAACCGCACAGCGUCAAGCUGAAGAACCUCAUCCUGUCCGAGGAGCUGAGGCCGCGGAACAAGAUGGCCGUCACGCUGGCCGCGCCGCUGGACAAGCCGGCCGCCGCCGCCACCACCUGUACAACGAUGCCUUCCAAGAAGUCUCACCAGAGGUCGCAGAGCGACGCGUCCGUCCUGACGUCGCGGGCCCCUACGUCCGCGACGAAGCUCUGCCUCGGCGACCUGAGCUCGGGCAGGGCCUUCGACAACGGCUGCAUAUGCUUCGACAGCUGCAUGGGACUGGUUAACGAUCUGAAGGGACGAAAGACUGAAUGUACCUGUUCGGCGCCUAGGCUAGCGCCCCAAUUAGAAUUCCUCCAGGCCCUGAUCCUGAUCGGUAAACUGCUCAGCUCCAUACCGACCAAGGAGGCCAAGACGACAAGACUGGUAGCGGAGCUGACCACGCUCAACCUGAACCUGCCGGCGCGCGUGUGGCUCCCCCUGAACAGCUCGGCGCCCCACCACGUGGUCAGGAUACCGCCCCAGGUGGCGGCGGUGCUGAACUCGAAAGAUAAGGCGCCCUACAUCAUCUACAUGGAGGUGGUGGAGGUGGACGACCUGUACAGCUCGCCGGUGACGCCGAAGAUAAUGCCCAGCCUGAGGCAUACGAAAUCGGAGGAGAACCUCGGCGGUUACGACAACAACUCGGCGUCCGCUUUCAGCAUGUGCGGGAUGCUGUGCGACGACAACGAUCCGGACUGGAGCAAGGAGGACGACGAGAUAUCGCGACAGUACACACAAAUGAAGAAACCGAUAGAUCGCGACACCAUCUCGCAAAUGAGCCAGGAUUCGAGCGAUUCGAGAGAGCCGCCGAUGUGGAUCGCCGCGAUCGACAUCAGGAAGAGACUGAGCGAGUCGUUCUUCGAGAGCCAGAGCAGGCAGUUCACCCACGAUCCCGAGGAUCCGUCCGCAGCCGUCCUGAAGGAACCCUGGCAGGAAAAGGAGCAGAGGGUGCGGGAGAGUUCGCCGUACGGUCACCUUCCCACCUGGAAGUUACUGUCGGUGAUCGUGAAGUGCGGCGACGAUCUGCGGCAAGAACUGAUGGCCUCCCAACUGCUCCAGAUGUUCCAGAAGAUCUGGGAGAUGGAGCGCGUGCCGCUCUGGGUUCAUCCGUACAAGAUCCUGUGUCUCUCGAACGACAGCGGUCUCAUCGAGCCGAUACUGAACACCAUCUCGUUGCAUCAGGUGAAGAAGCACGGACAGAUGUCGCUGUUGGAGUAUUUCAUCAAGGAGUACGGCCCAGUCACCUCCGAAGCGUUCCUCAGCGCGCAGAAGAACUUCGUUCAGAGCUGCGCCGCUUACUGUCUCAUCUGUUACCUGAUUCAGGUGAAAGAUAGGCACAACGGUAACAUACUGCUGAAGAGCGACGGCCACCUGAUCCACAUCGAUUUCGGCUUCAUCCUGUCGACGUCGCCCAAGAACCUCGGCUUCGAGACGUCGCCGUUCAAGCUCACGCCUGAGUUCGUCGAGAUCAUGGGUGGCGAGGACUCGGACAUGUUCGAGUAUUUCAAGAUACUGAUACUGCAGGGUCUGAUCGCCGCCAGGAAACACCAGGACAUGAUCAUACCGUUGGUCGAGAUCAUGAGAUCAGGUUCCCAAUUGCCGUGUUUCAAAUCGGGCGCGGCCACUGUACAGAAUUUGAAGAAUCGUUUCCACAUGAACAUGACAGAGGAACAGCUCCAGUUGGAAGUGAACAAGAUGGUGGAGGGAAGUAUACACUCGUUAUCAACAAAACUUUAUGACGGUUUUCAAUACUUUACGAACGGAAUACUAUAAAGUGUGAUAAUUUUUUUACUGUAAUUAAUAUUUGAAAGUAUGUAAUAUUAUUAAUAUUUAAUAUAUAAACGAUGCAAAGACUAUAAAUUAUAAUUAUAGUGAAUUUUUCAAUCGAAGGUGUUUUCCAUUCGAAUCAUUGCCCGCGUAGUUGAUUGAUUUUCAAAAAGAUAGUCUUUGUCCUCCUUGAUGAUGAGAUUUUUUAGGUAAUUUUAGGAAUACUGGAAAAAAUAUCGACUGUGAUUCUCUGCUAAGUAGCGGGGUUACUUAUGAGAAAAAUUUAAGUAUAGGAAAUUGUACUGAGGAAGGUUUCUAGAUUGAAAUAUUAUCGAAUUAGUCAAAUUUUGAAUUUGAAGGAAGGACUCGAACAUCUUUUUGAUAUAUCAAAAAAAGUUCAUCAUUUCAGUUGCAACAAUGUUCGUUAUUUUAUUUCGUUCUCAUUUUGUAUAAGUUGUUAUUUAUUCAUUUGAUGUGAAGAAUGGAAUAUAUCUUUGUGAGUAAUAUAUUUAAGAAUCAAUUAAAAUACUCGCCCGUAUGUUACUAAGGUCAAAAUUUUUUAUAAAUGUUGUUAAAUGCUCAAAGUUUUCAACACCAGUUACGCAGUUUUAUUAUGUGAAAAAAAUCAGUUGUCUUAACAUUUUAACUGUAUCAUUGCCAUUAAAUGUUUAAGUAAAUCAUUUAUCCCAGUCAA